AUGGCGAGCAACCCAGAGGAACAGGAGCAAAUGGUGACGAGACUCGCCGCGAGAAGGCUGGAAGCGGCGGGAAGCUCCCAGACCCCGAUAUUUCCGGCGAGCAACGACAGUACGCUCUUGCCACGACUAACGAACGAAUCUGAAACAUCCCCGUCAAGAUCAAACACGCCGGCUGCCGCAAGUGUAAGCAUAAGCCAAGGAACGGCAAGGGGCGAGUCAGUCCACAGAGCGCGGGGAAGGAUUCCUAUCCCAGACGAUUGGAUCGAAAUUAACCCAGAGUACUGGGGAAAAUGGGCGUACCGAGAUUCAGACCAGCCUAACGGCGAGCAAAUUGAUGCUGCAUUGGUAUACAUCAUGGAAAUGUACGCUCGAAAGGGGCUCGAGGGGCAACCCCUGUUCUACCGAAUCGUCGACGACCUAGGCGACUGGAGGGACGAGUGGUUUGCUAGUGCGAAUCCUAGUAUCGUUAAGGAAGUAAACCGAUUCCUACACUGCCGAGGUGUUCUGCCAGCCCAGACGGCACAUCGGAGGGCACACGAGACGCUUGCAGCAACAGUUGCAGCCCAAGAUUUUACGCCAUGGGAUCAGGAUCAAAUCGACCGAGCAGUGUCUAAAUACGACGAAUUCUGUGGACGAGUGAGCAAACCGGAAUUCCUACUGAAAAUCACCAAUGGCGCCAUAUCAGCAACAAGUACGACACCGGAAAGGAGGAUCAUACUGGAAGUACGUCAAACGACGAUUCCACCUAUCUCGGUGACUAGCAGGACGACGCUGCCGAUGCGAAGUCUGGCCCCAACCAACCAACAGAGUGUGAGAUCGACUGCACAAAGUCACCACAAUUACCCUGCGGCACGCGAAUUAUGGGAAGAAAGCGAUCCAACGGUCGUUAGCAUACGGCAAUAUAAGGACCUCAGGAAGACCUUCCCCAAAGAGAAAAUGUACUCAGGGGGGAAGUACGAGGUCUUACAAGAGACCUUAACGAUGUUCUACGACUACUGCGAGAAAGUCGGAAUCCGAGAACAACAAUAUCAUUCGGUCAUCAAUAUCGUACUGACAGGGAAAGCCGCUGAAUAUUACUAUACAGCGGUGCGUACUAUCGAUGAGACCGACUUUCUCAGCGUCGUUGAUACAAUCCGAAACCGAUUUGAGACCCACGGUAGGAGGCUGGAACUCCUAUCCGAACUGAGAGCACUUUCGUUCGGCUCCGUGGCCAGGUCGAUGGAAGGAAAGUCACGGCUCGAGAUCCUCGAGGAGCUGAUCGAUAGAAUCGAUAAGCUGGCGAAAACACUGCCGUACGAGGGGACGAAUGAGCGAAAGGUCGACCACCUCUGUAUUGCGGUUCAGAGAGUCCCAGAGGCGAGGAUACCUUUACAACAAUCACAUGAGGACUACGAGACCCUUUGCUGGAGGCUGAGAUCCAGCCUCAUCAUCGAGGCCAGAAUGCCGCACCAAGCAAACUUCCAAUCUCAUGACGGCCCUCACCAGCAGCACUGGGUCGACCGUACGUAUAAUGGCAAGGGAAAGGAGGCCAGGUACGGCAACCGCCAGGGAGGAGGAACGGACCCUUCACCGGGCCGACGAUCUAAUCCCAGACCAGAACAAAAAGGGAAUGGUUUUAUAUGCAAAAAGGAUGGAUCUUGGUCAAGCAAUCACUCCGAGGAAGAGCGUACCAAAUCGUACGAGCAGUAUAGAAAGUCGAGGGGCACGCAGGGCAAAACCAGCCCCGAUCGGUUCAACCAGUUCCUCGUAGCAUACGAGGGUCAGCCGACGGGCGGAACCGACCAUACCGUUGAUGACCCUGAGUGCGGCCUCGGGCGGUCGGAAAGCGAGGAAGAUCUCACCCCGUAUACCAAAGACCUCGACUACGACGAAUUCGACGAUAUCAACCACUCUUUUUUCGUCUCGUCAGCCUGA